CUCCCCCUGACCACCGCCCAAACACUCAACAUCGUAGCCCACCAAGACGAUGACCUCCUCUUCCUCUCCCCGGACCUACUCCACACCAUCGAAUCCACCACCCCCUCGACUCCAGUACGCACAAUCUUCCUAACAGCCGGCGACGCAGGCGACCCAUCAACAAGCUACUGGAGCGCGCGCCAAAGCGGCUCGCAAGCCGCCUACGCACGUAUGGCCAACUUGCCCAACGAAUGGACGCAAUCCACCCUCUCAUUUCCCGACACCGAUUCCUCGAUCUCAAUCCCUCUAUUCACACUGACCGCCAACCCGUCCAUCUCCCUCGCCUUCCUCCAGUUACCAGACGGCAACCUCCACGGCGAAGGCUUCCCAGUGACAGGCAACGCAAGCCUCGAGCAACUGUGGCACAACGAGGUUGCCUCCAUCACAAGCAUCAACCCGGACACCAAGACAACAUACACGCGGGACACGUUGCUAAGCACUCUCAGUGCCGCCAUUGCGUCCUUCCGUCCGAUGCGUCUUAAUACCCAAGAUUUCACUCGGGAGUUUGACGCUGUUACGCCCGGUGGGACCUGGACAGACCAUAGCGAUCAUAUCGCUGCCGCGAAGUUCGCGCAGGAGGCUGCGGCUGGGUCUGGGGUGCAGGUCGAGGUUGUCGGGUACAUGGGGUAUCCUGUUUUGGAUGCGCUGAAGGAAGGCGGGAAUGUGCGUGGGGCAGAUUUGCUGGAGAAAGAGUUUGUGUUCUAUACGUAUGCUCUGGGGGAUUAUAGGACUUGUCGCGAUGAGAGUGGGUGUCGCGGGGGUAAUGAGGAGGGGUGGCUGGCUAGGCAGGUUGUUGUCGCUUCCUCCUCUUCUGCUGGGCAGGGUGAGGUGGUGGCUAGUGCUGAAGUUGUUGAUGGAGAUGUUGUGUCUGGUGGUCUGGGGGCGCAGUGGGGGUUUGUCACGGUCGGGGAUAAGGUUGUCCUGGACGGAGAGGGCAGUUAUGCUGGCCAGGAGUAUGAGUGGCGGCAGGUGGAGGGAGCGCAGGCGCAGAUUGAGAAUGCGGACAGCCAGAAGGCGAGGGUUACGGUGCCUUCUGUUGCUGUUGGGGAGCGGUUGGCGUUCGAGUUGCUGGUGGCUGGCGAUGAGGUUAAGAGUACACCCGCUAGAGUCACGUUGUUUGUCGUCCCUGGGGAGAAUGUCUCGGCGCAUGCGAGUAAUGUGACGGCGUCGUCGGAGAAUGGUGCUGACGGACAGGCUGCGCUCAAGGCUGUGGAUGGCUUUGUUGGGGGGUAUCCUGGGGAUGCAUCGGUUGAGUGGGCGACGACAGGUGGGAAAGAAGGCAGCUGGUUGAGGCUGGAGUGGGAUGCUCCGCAGAAUGUUUCCCAGGUCUAUUUGUUCGAUCGGCCGAACACUCAGGACCAAAUCACUGGCGGUGUGAUUGAGUUCGAUGAUGGCAGCAGUGCUGGCUUUGCUGCCCUCACCGGUUACGGUGCGCCGAACAGGGUGGACUUCGAGGAACGGUCGACUCAUAGUCUGACGGUCAGGGUCACUUCGGUCAGUGAAACAACAGGGAAUGUGGGACUGGCGGAGAUUAAGGUGUUCUAA